AUGUCAGAGACAGUGGAGAGGUGGAAGGGAAAGGACAGGGUGUCGAAAGAGCUGCGACUUUUGGAGCCGAAGAACACUAGUUUCAGACGCUCAGUCGCGAGUGGCUUAUUCACCGGAGAACCAUUACUAGUAAAAUGUGCGACGGUAGAAGCUGGAGGGGUGAAGGCAAAGGAUUUCCAGGGGAAGGUGGCAGUUCGUGUAUUGGGGCUGGAGGUGGGAAGUAGUGCCGGCGGUAUAGCCAACAUUAUAGCUAUAUCAUCCUUCGCGGUCACCGACCACAGCAAAUACCAGUCUUUCUUAAACACCCUACGAAACCGUCCCGAUGUAUUAAGGACGGCAAUCUCCCAUUGCAAGGAAUCCUAUGAGGAUAAUUGUGCAGCGCAGCACGUCAACAAUCAGGAAAACCCCUUUGUCUAUCGAGCAAUGCGUGACGAUGAGGACUCCAAGAUGCUGAUCAAAGGAGGGUAUGGCUAUCAGAGAUGCAACAAAGAGUAUAUGGUUUAA